GAGGUAACUCUCACCACCUCCCACCUCCACCCUCAGAGACGCAGGCUGCAAGGAUUUUACAUCAGCCCUGAUCACUCUGGCUCAACUUGUGCGUCCCAUGCAGACUUCCAUCAGAGUCUUGCAUUGAAUGUCCCGCUUCACAGGGCUUGGGGUUAUCAUUUUUGUUUUUUGCCAUGUUAAUAGUUCAACAAUUAACUGAGGAGGGAAGAGACCUGCUGUGCUGACUAAACACAGACUGAGAUCACUCACACUUCUCCUCUGAGCUCCUGAGCGAGACAUGGGGAAAGUCUACUAUAUCAGUAAAAAUGUGGGCAUUGGCUUGUUUGUCCUGGCCGCCAUCGCUUUGACCACCAUAAUUGCUCUGUCCGUUGCCUACCACAAGGAAAGGAUCAAGAAUAGAGGCAGGCCCGGCGACGGUGCAUCAGACAACACCAGCGUGCCUACACCUUCCACCACCCCCUUUACUUCAAAGGAUCCCUGGGACCACUACAGACUUCCUGACUCCCUUUCUCCCAUCUCUUACAAUUUGACCCUGUGGCCUCGGCUGGAGCCAAACGCAGAUGGCCUAUACAUUUUCACUGGAAAUUCAGCAGUGGUCUUCAAAUGUGUGAAGGAAACGGACCUCGUCAUCAUCCACGCCAAUAAGCUGAACCUCACUGGGAACCAGGUGAAACUGAGUGGCCUGGGUGACGCCAGUGCUCCCACCGUUGAUAAGUUUUGGUUUGUGGUGAAGACGGAGUAUCUGGUUCUUCAGCUGCGCAGCAGCCUGGCUGUGGGAGCGAGUUAUGUUCUUCACACUGAAUUUCAAGGAGAGCUGGCAGACGACCUGGAAGGCUUCUAUAGGAGUGAAUACACCGAGGAUGGUGUUAAGAAAAUUGUUGCUACCUCGCAGAUGCAAGCGACAUUCGCCAGGAAAGCCUUCCCUUGCUUUGAUGAACCAGCCAUGAAAGCCGUCUUCAAUGUCACCAUCAUCCACAACCCAGGCACUGUGGCUCUGUCCAACAGCAGGGAAACUGAUACUGCAGACUCUGUCAUUGAUGGCAUUCCCAUCAAAGUAACUACAUUUGAGCCCACCAAGAGAAUGUCCUCAUAUCUGUUGGCAUUUAUCGUCAGUGACUUUGUUAGCAUCCAGUCAAACCAAAACAGUAAUUUGUCGAUCCGAAUUUGGGCUCGGAAAAAAGCCAUAAUUGAUGGACAUGGUGACUAUGCUCUCAGUGUGACAGGACCAAUCCUUCAGUUCUACGAAGAAUACUACAGUGCAGCAUAUCCACUCUCUAAGUCAGACCAAAUCGCUCUGCCUGACUUCAAUGCUGGGGCAAUGGAGAACUGGGGUCUGGUCGCAUACAGGGAGACGGCCCUGCUCUAUGACCCCUUUGUAUCCUCCACUGGCAACAAAGAGGGAAUUACCUCCGUCAUUGCCCAUGAACUUGCACACAUGUGGUUUGGCAACCUGGUGACAACACGAUGGUGGAAUGACCUGUGGUUGAACGAGGGCUUUGCGUCCUAUGUUGAAUAUCUAGGAGCCGACCAUGCUGAGCCCACUUGGGACAUGAAAGACCAAAUCGUUCUGUAUGACGUGCACAAGGUGUUUGCUAUUGACGCCCUGGCUUCCUCUCACCCGCUAUCCCGACGAGAGGAGGAAGUAAAUGAGCCUUCUCAGAUCAGCGAGAUGUUUAACACCAUCUCCUACAGCAAGGGGGCGGCUGUGCUCAGGAUGCUGUCAGAGUUUCUCACAGAACCUGUGUUUGCCAGAGGACUAAGUUCUUACUUGAACACUUUUGCCUUCAGCAACACAGUGUAUACAGACCUGUGGGACCAUCUCCAACAGGCCGUUGAAAAGACUCCAAGUGUGCAUAUUCCACGCACUGUCCAUGACAUCAUGAACCGCUGGACUCUCCAGAUGGGCUUCCCAGUUAUCACUAUUGACACUCAGACAGGAAGGAUCACUCAGAAACACUUCCUGCUGGAUCCAGAGUCUGUAGUGCACAGGCCCUCUCAGUUCAACUACACGUGGUUUGUCCCUAUUAAAUGGAUGAAAACAGGCGUGGAGCAGCAACAAUACUGGCUCCUUCAAAAGACAGACACCAACAGUCGGAUGAGAGUGUCAGGAAAUGACUGGGUGCUGGCAAACACCAAUGUAUCUGGAUACUUCAGGGUGAACUACGAUCCGGGCAACUGGGAACGUCUCCUUUCUUUGCUCAGCACCAACCAUCAGGCUUUAUCAGUAAUCAACAGAGCACAGAUCAUAGAUGACGCGUUCAACCUCGCAAGAGCCAAAAUAGUAAGUACAACAUUGGCCCUGACAACUACCAAAUACCUGCACAAGGAGAGAGACUACAUGCCUUGGGAAUCGGCUUUAAGAAACCUGGACUACUACAUCCUCAUGUUUGAUCGAACUGAAGUCUACGGAGCUUUCCAGGCAUAUCUCAAGAAACAAAUACAACCCCUUUUUGGGCACUUCAAAUCAAUUACAGCCAACUGGACCAAAAUACCAGAAGGCCACACUGACCAGUAUAAUCAGAUUAAUGCCAUUGCAAUAGCUUGUGAUGUGGGUGUGGAGGGCUGCCGAGAGCUGAUCAAAAGCUGGUACAGACAGUGGAUGGAAAAUCCAAGUCACAACCUGAUCCAUCCCAACUUGAAGAGCACAGUUUACUGCAGGGCCAUCGCGUACGGUGGCGUAAAGGAGUGGGACUUUGCCUGGACGAUGUUCAAGAAUGCCACUCUGGCAUCUGAAGCUUCCCGGCUCAGGGCAGCCAUGGCCUGCACCAAAUUACCUUGGCUUUUGAACAGGUAUCUGGAGUACACCUUAGAUCCGACGAAGAUCCGCAAGCAAGACGCCACCUCGACCAUCCGUGUAAUUGCACAAAAUGUUGUGGGGAUGCCCCUGGCCUGGAACUUCAUCAGAGCCAAGUGGAGUUACAUUUUCCAGCAGUACGGAAAGGGAUCGUUUUCCUUCACGUACCUCGUCACCGGACUCACAAUGAGAUUUUCCACAGAGUUUGAGUUACAGGAGUUGAAGCAAUUUAAAGAAGACAACCUUCAUAAUGGGUUUGGCUCAGCCACCAUGGCCAUAGAGCAGGCCGUAGAAAAGAUCACGUCCAACAUCAAAUGGGUGAGAGACAACAAAGCCCAUGUGCACAAGUGGCUUACUGAUGAGUCCACAUGAGAAGAGGAACUACUGAAGCCUCCAGAAGUCCAAAUGACAUCUUGUCUUCUUCUUUUUUUCACCACUACCAUGUAUGUAUUCCAUUUAAAUCAAGAUGAGCCAAUAAUCAGUGUGUAACAAGUCGUGUGAAACGCCAGGCAGCUUCAGCAAUUAUUAACACGGAUCAGACUGUGACUGUAAUCAUGCCUAAACCAUGCAAACGUCAAAGUGACUGUGUUACGAUUACAGUCAGAUGACUGGUUAGGUGUGUAUCUGUGUGGUGGCUCCAUGUUAAAGGAAUACUUCACCGAUUUGCAUUUAGCUUUGUAUCGCUAGAAUAGGGGUAGUAUUUUUGAAAGAUUGUGCUUCCCAACCUCAGCUUCCCCUGAGCCUUGGUCCGAGGCUUGAAACUGCACUUUUUAGACCCACUCGUAGGGGGACGGGACCUCAUUCCCAGAAUGUAGUGUCCGCCAUCUUUGCUAAUAGUUACGCUAACAGGACCAAGUGUCACUGGUGGGCACGUAACAAAGAAAAGAAUGAAGAUAUUUCUCAACUCAGGGUAAACUGAAGAUGGGAAGCACAAUUUUUUCGAAAAUACCACCUCUAUUCUAGUGAUACAAAGCUAAAUGCAAAUCGGUGAAGGAUUCCUUUAAGUCAUAACUAAACAUCUGGAAUUUGAGAAUCAUUUUGCACUUCAGUAAUAGCAGAGAAUGGAUGUAAAAAAGUUAUUUUCUUGAAUAAAUGUAUUUGUAUAUGAUUUAUAGGUUUCUUGUUGUUUUGUCAUUAUUAUUAGAUCUUAAAGGGACAGGUCAGGUUUUCUAAACGUGUAGUAUGAGGUACUGACAUAGUCCCCACUGAUUGUACUGUGGGCGUUCCCUGUCCUAGCUGCCAGCAGGGAACAUGAAAAUGGUUUUAAGCCACGAACAAAACACUCACCCACUUAAAAUGACGAUAACUUAACUUAAGUUCACCACUUUACCUCAUUGUAUUUUAAUUUUUUUAUAUACAUAUACUUGCAGCCAAGUAUAAAUGUAGUGGUAGUUUGUUGCCAAUUAUUUUCCAUCUUCUUCUAGCACAACUAUAACGACCACCUUAAACCACUGCUGCUGCAAUCCAAACACUACCAAUACAAUUGAAUGCAAUCAGCUCUAAAGUAUCAUGUAUAAUUCACAACAGGACUGUUAAUGAAAUCUUCAUGUGUUGGCUGGUUCAACUGUUUGCCUCCCUGUCCUGUUGGCUGGCUUGUUGUUUGAUUCUAUGCUGCCCUCUGCUGGAGUCCAGCUGCACAAUAACACCGGUUGUGUUAUUGUGCAGCUCAUCAAUGAAUGCCAGAAUUGGCCUCAAGGUCAUAAAGGCCUUGAUGCCAGUUCUGAUUUUGUAUUUUUUUUGCGGUGGAAUCUUACUCGAUAAAGUUAAUUCAAUAACGUCUUUUUGACAAAAUUAUAAGGACCUUGUAUUGUUUCCUUAUUAAUCAGUCCGUUUUUUUGUCUUGCUCUUUUUUUGUACAGUUUCUUUAUACAUUUUUGUAUUUUUGUUAUUUUUGUGUUGGAAUAAGUAAACUGUCAAACUUAA